AUGAAAUCAACUCCAGCAGAAGCUCGUCUUAAAGGACGGAUGUUGUGGGUACUUCUUUUAAGCACAAUUGCUCUUGCAUGGACUACGCCAAUUCCCUUGAUUGAGGAUUCAGAGGAAAUAGAUCAGCCUUGCUUUGAUCCCUGUUACUGUGAAGUAAAGGAAAGUAUUUUUCACAUAUAUUGUGACAAUAAAGGAUUUACAAAUAUUAGCCAGAUUUCAGAAUCCUGGACGAGACCCUUUAAACUGUAUCUCCAGAGAAAUUCAAUGAGAAGAUUGUACGCCAACAGUUUUCUUCACCUGAACAAUGCUGUAUCUAUUAAUCUUGGGAACAAUGCAUUGCAGGACAUUCAGGCAGGAUCUUUUAAUGGUAUGAAAAUUUUAAAGAGACUUUAUUUACAUGAGAACAAACUGGACAUUUUUAGAAAUGAUACUUUUAUGGGGCUGGAAAGCUUGGAAUAUCUGCAAGCAGAUUACAAUGUAAUUAAGCGGAUAGAGAGUGGGGCCUUCAGAAAUUUAAACAAGCUGAGAGUACUAAUUCUUAAUGACAAUCAUAUACCAAUGCUUCCAACAAAUUUAUUCAAAUCUGUAUCUUUAACACACUUGGACUUGCGUGGAAAUAGAUUAAAGAUUCUUUCUUACAGGGGCAUGUUGGACCACAUUGGGAGAAGCAUUAUGGAAAUCCAGCUAGCAGAGAAUCCCUGGAACUGUACUUGUGAGAUUGUGCAGUUAAAAAGCUGGCUGGAACGUAUACCAUAUACUGUACUUGUGGGGGACAUUACUUGUGAAAGUCCUUUUCACUUUCAUGGUAAGGAUUUAAGGGAUAUAGAUCGAAGUAAACUUUGCCCUUUACUGUCUGAAAGUGAAGUGGAAGCAAGCUUGGGAAUACCACAGUUACCAUCUAGUAAAGAAAAUAUGUGGCCCACCAAACCAUCUUCUAUGUUAUCCUCAUUUCAUGUUACUGCUUCAUCUGUGGAAUACAAGAUAUCCAACAAACAAUCAGCCACAACUAAGCAGCCUAGAGCUCCAAAGCCUCCACCAACACCUCGAGGCUUGUAUCCAGGCCCAAACCAACCUCCUAUAGCUGGAUAUCAGACCCGACCACCUAUUCCAAUUAUAUGUCCUACUGGUUGUUCAUGUAGUUUGCACAUAAAUGAUUUGGGGUUGACUGUUAAUUGUAAGGAUAGAAAACUACGUAACAUAUCAGAACUUCUACCCAGACCUCUCAAUGCUAAGAAACUCUAUUUGAGUGACAACUUAAUACAGAAAAUAUACAGGUCUGAUUUUUGGAAUUUUUCUUCUCUGGAUUUAUUGCACCUUGGAAGCAACGGUAUAUCAUAUGUCCAGGAUGGAGCUUUCAUAAAUCUCCCAAAUCUCAAAAGCUUGUACCUGAAUGGCAAUGACAUUGAAAGGUUGACUCCUGGAAUGUUCAGAGGUUUACAGAGUUUGCAUUAUUUAUAUUUGGAGUAUAAUUUGAUAAGAGAAAUACAGCCCGCUGCUUUUAGUCUGAUGCCAAAUCUGAAGUUACUGUUUCUCAAUGACAAUUUGCUGAGAACACUACCAACUGAUGCAUUUGCAGGCACAUCCUUGACCAGACUAAAUCUUAGAAACAACCAUUUCCUUUACCUUCCUGUAACAGGAGUCCUUGAGCACCUUAAUGCCAUUGUGCAAAUUGAUCUAAUGCAGAACCCAUGGGAUUGCACCUGUGACAUCGUUCCUCUAAAACAGUGGAUUGACACAAUAAGCUCUGUAAUAGUAGUUGGGGAGGUUUUGUGUAAAAGUCCUGAAAAUCUGACAAAUAAGGAUCUAAAAUCAAUAGAAAUGGAAAUACUAUGUCCGGGGAUGUUGCAAGCUGCUGCAGCCUCAGCUGCUAUUCCUGGCAGAAUUGUGCCCACAAGUUCCUCUGUGUUUGAAUUUACCACACCUGGGGCGGGAGUUCCACUUUCUGUCCUCAUACUUAGUCUAUUAAUACUGUUUUUCUCAGCUGUUUUUGUGGCUGCUGGACUUUUUGCUUUUGUGCUGAGAAGACGUAAGAAACUGCCUUUCCGUAAGAGACAAGAGGUAGAUCUGACUGGUAUUCAGAUGCAGUGCAGGAUUUUUGAGGACAGACCUAACAAUUCGCCAGAGAAGGCUCCAGGUCACGUAUAUGAUUACAUUCCACAUCCAGUAACCCAGAUGUGUAACAAUCCCAUUUACAAACCCAGAGAGGAAGAGAUGGGAGAGGAGUUUUCAGAGACAAAAGAAAAUAACACAAAUUACAGAACCUUAAUAGAAAAAGAAAAAGAGUGGACCAUGGCUGUAUCAAACUCUCAGCUCAACACUAUUGUGACUGUAAAUCAGUCGGGGGAAGUUCCAAGUUUUCAUGAAAAUGGUGUGAUUUUUCAUGGUGUAAUUGAAAGAGAAAGGCCUGCUCCCACAGUGGGGUUUGUGGACUGCCUUUACGGUACAGUACCCAAAUUAAAGGAACUGCACGUUCACCCCCCAGGCAUUCAAUACCCAGAUUUACAGCAAGAUGCCAGACUAAAAGAAACCCUUCUUUUCUCUACUGGAAAGGGGUUCUCAGACCAAACCCAAAGUGAAUACCUCGAGUUAAGGGCCAAACUCCAAACCAAGCCGGAUUACCUCGAAGUCCUGGAAAAAAACACUUAUAGAUUUUAAUAUAGUAUAAUAUGAUAGUGCCCAAAAACGCAUGAUUCAAAAAUGAUACCUUUGUGCUCCCCAAAUUUUUUUGGAGGAAGGGCCAUAAUCUAAUCAUAAUUAAUUGAAGUGCCUUCGCAGACUUUUGCCAGCAAUGUUAUCAAUCAUUAUUUUUUAUAUAGAAAACUAAGAAACUUGACUGUGCCAUGUAAGGUAUGGGGGAUAUUUGUACUGAUUCUGAUAAAUAAUUCCACGUGUCCUUUUUUGGCAGUUAAACCUUUUCACUAGGUGGGAAUAGAAUGGCAUUGAGGCUUCCUUAUACAAAGAAACGCCCAUGGCACAGAACCUGUAUAUUGAUGCAGUUUGCUGCAUGCCUAAAAACUGCAGGGGAGGGUAAUGCUCGAAUGUUCUCACCCUAAACAUUAAUGAUCAUCUGUCUUUCCUACAAACCAACCAUGAAAUCUUGGAGUUACUGCAACGCUUGUUGUUCAAUGUUUAUUUGAUUUCUCACAUAUUCCAAUGCAGAAAAGAUCAUUCCAUAUACACAAGACACCUAGGGAUCAACAUCUCUGUGAAUUCAUGAUGAUGCCAGGAAUUUCUGCAAUUCAUUGCUCUUUCUUUAGAAAUGCUACUGGGUAUGUAUCACUAACAGCUUUGUAGGAAGCACUUUAAAUGUCUACUCCCCCCCAAUUCCCCAGCAAACCCCCAUACACAAAGAUUUUACAAAAUGUGCAUAUAUUUAUUCUGUAUUUUCAGUGAAUAUUAAAUGUAAAGAUAAUGUUUAAACAAUGUAUAGUGAUUAUGCGUCUGGUAAAGCUUUCCUAAUAAAAUAAUUGAAAAAAAAACCCACAUAUAAACAAAUAUAUACAAAACAAAUGUCUUGCUGCUAAACUUAUCUAUGCCCAUUUUAUAUACACCAGUCAAUAUAAUGGAAAUCAUUAAUUACUAUUUCAUUGAAUUGAGAUCAACAUAAAUGAAAAGAAAAUAUGGGAUUCUGAAACCUCAUUUGACCCAUGAAAGACAUAGAUUAGAUUAAAUACUGUCUUUCCUUUUCUAGUAAUCUGCAUCACUUUUAAAGUAAUUUGCGGAUUCCAAUGUCAUGAAAGAAGUUAAAGUCAAUGUAUAAAUAAGUGAACACAUUUUAAGGUGCUGAACUUGAACUUAUAAAAAUACUUUUAAAGGUAAAUCCCUUAAAAUAAUAAAUAUUUUGAUAAU